AUGGCACAACCAUAUCCAACUCUUCCCAUUGAGGGUUUCGGUAAUGGAGACGGGAACCUAUUUCCACCCGACUCAAUGGAAGAAAUCAAAGAAAUGGUCACACGUCUUUGCCUCGAAAUCAAUUUCGCACGCAAUAUCGAUCGCUGCGAAAAGAUCACGGGCGGCAAUAACCACAUCAUCCUGUUCACCUGCCUUCCUCUCUCGGCAAAGUAUCAGGGCCAACGAAUCGCCUGCGUCCUCCGCACUUGUCUAAAAUUAUUCUUCCGGUCCAACCCACCCACCGAUAUGGAAAUCAAGUCUUUAGUAGCUCUCACCCACAAUUUCCGCACACAAGCCCGCUUGCCCAUUCCCUCGACACUCGCCUACGAUUGUACCUACGAAAAUGCCAUUCGGUCUCCUUAUAUGAUUCAGGAACGUGUCAGGGGUCAAACGCUGGAACAUGAAUAUUUCAUGCUCUAUGCAGAUCUCGAGUACGCUAAUCCUCGCAAUGCUCGUUUGCAACAACGAUGGCAAUAUGCAAAGUGCGUGGCGGCGUUCGUGGCUGCUAUGGAGAGACCCAUGCUUCCGGGUUACGGAAUAUUCAAAGCGGAGGCCGGUAUGCCGGAUAAAGGUACAAGUGUAGAUAUUGGUUUCUCCAUAACACGAGAUAAUAUUGAUGGGAGGAAAAUCUCGAUCGAACCGGUCUUUUCCGCUUGGGUCGACGAUGUUUUGAAUACUCAGGUGGAUAGAGUACAUGAUGUUUCCAAGAAAAUCUCACCAGAAGAAGCAUCUAAAAUUUUGAAGCUUCGCCUGAUCGGCUCGCAGAUGGCGGUCAAAGGUCUCCUGACUACAGAUGAACCGGCCGUGUUAUGGCACGCAGACUUUUAUCCGAGGAAUAUCAUGGUGCAGAGUAAUAGAUAUGAGACUGUGCUCGCUGGGGUCAUCGAUUGGGACGAUGCUCGGGCCCUUCCACGCAUCAUAACCAGAGCAGCACCUACCUUCCUCUGGGAAAUGUCAAAGAAUCAACUCCAAGCACGGGAAAUCGAAAUUAUCAAAGAAGCAUUUGAUGAAGAGAUAGAGAAGCUAAGCCGGGGUUAUGGAAAUGAUGCGUAUGAGAGUGAGAGAAAAAUGGUUAGGGCCCUGGGUAUAUAUGCAUUGUUUGGACCGGACUUUAUGCAUUGGUAUGAGAUGAGUUUUGAGGGGUUGGUGAGGGGGUGGAAGGCGAGGAUGGUGGGGGGGAGGUGA